AUGCCUCAUAGCAGCGGUGAGAAGAGAGGUAGCUCAUCUUCAUCCAAUAACCAUGAGAAAGAGAAUCAAAAGAGAGGCAGCAUUGGCCCGCAAACAGGCGGAGGCAGAAAGAGAAAUGCAGUCCACACCAGAGAGACCACUGGCAACCAAUACUACGGUAGCCCCCCUUCUGUACCUACAGAAGAGUACAACCCAGCAGGAGUUGACUCCCAACUUCGGAAGAGUGCAGGGAUACGUAAAGCACUGCAAGACGAACAAGAGGCUGACACUGGAGCUGAUGCCAUGGAGCAAGAAGCUGAUGCAGGGGAAACUACUGUACCAUGUCCAGAGCCUCCAGCACCUCAAGCACCCAAUAGGGCAACCGCUGACCCUCAGUACUUGCCCAAGGAAGAGCAGCUAGAGAUACUGAGAAGGAGUGCCACUAAGGAGAUGAUCCAAAUGAAUUUGAACAAGUUUGUUGGCAAACACAUUUUUCCUAGUGCAAAGUUCCCACUAUCUGAAUUGCACAACAAGGCUGUAUGCAAGUUGGCCGUAGGGUCAGAGGUGGUGAGGUUAGACCAAGGGGUGGACCCAGAAGUAUUUGCGGAAGAGUACCACAAGAGUGUGAAAGAACGGAUGGCGGCAUUGCGACUGAAUUGUCACAAUGCUGCAAGAUCAAAGUUUCUAAAUGACCUGAAGCUUGACAAAGUCCCAUCCGAUAGCCUGGUGGUCGAUCUCCUGGAAAAGAACACUGAUGCAGCUGUUGGAUACAGGAGUUGUGGCCAAGGAUAUCAAGACUACCUGACAAAGGAUGGCACAAAAGUUUUGCAAGCAAGGAUGAGACGAUCAGCAACAUCUUCACCCAAUAGGGCAACCGCUGACCCUCAGUACUUGCCCAAGGAAGAGCAGCUAGAGAUACUGAGAAGGAGUGCCACUAAGGAGAUGAUCCAAAUGAAUUUGAACAAGUUUGUUGGCAAACGCAUUUUUCCUAGUGCAAAGUUCCCACUAUCUGAAUUGCACAACAAGGCUGUAUGCAAGUUGGCCGUAGGGUCAGAGGUGGUGAGGUUAGACCAAGGGGUGGACCCAGAAGUAUUUGCGGAAGAGUACCACAAGAGUGUGAAAGAACGGAUGGCGGCAUUGCGACUGAAUUGUCACAAUGCUGCAAGAUCAAAGUUUCUAAAUGACCUGAAGCUUGACAAAGUCCCAUCCGAUAGCCUGGUGGUCGAUCUCCUGGAAAAGAACACUGAUGCAGCUGUUGGAUACAGGAGUUGUGGCCAAGGAUAUCAAGACUACCUGACAAAGGAUGGCACAAAAGUUUUGCAAGCAAGGAUGAGACGAUCAGCAACAUCUUCACCCAAUAGGGCAACCGCUGACCCUCAGUACUUGCCCAAGGAAGAGCAGCUAGAGAUACUGAGAAGGAGUGCCACUAAGGAGAUGAUCCAAAUGAAUUUGAACAAGUUUGUUGGCAAACGCAUUUUUCCUAGUGCAAAGUUCCCACUAUCUGAAUUGCACAACAAGGCUGUAUGCAAGUUGGCCGUAGGGUCAGAGGUGGUGAGGUUAGACCAAGGGGUGGACCCAGAAGUAUUUGCGGAAGAGUACCACAAGAGUGUGAAAGAACGGAUGGCGGCAUUGCGACUGAAUUGUCACAAUGCUGCAAGAUCAAAGUUUCUAAAUGACCUGAAGCUUGACAAAGUCCCAUCCGAUAGCCUGGUGGUCGAUCUCCUGGAAAAGAACACUGAUGCAGCUGUUGGAUACAGGAGUUGUGGCCAAGGAUAUCAAGACUACCUGACAAAGGAUGGCACAAAAGUUUUGCAAGCAAGGAUGAGACGAUCAGCAACAUCUUCACCCAAUAGGGCAACCGCUGACCCUCAGUACUUGCCCAAGGAAGAGCAGCUAGAGAUACUGAGAAGGAGUGCCACUAAGGAGAUGAUCCAAAUGAAUUUGAACAAGUUUGUUGGCAAACGCAUUUUUCCUAGUGCAAAGUUCCCACUAUCUGAAUUGCACAACAAGGCUGUAUGCAAGUUGGCCGUAGGGUCAGAGGUGGUGAGGUUAGACCAAGGGGUGGACCCAGAAGUAUUUGCGGAAGAGUACCACAAGAGUGUGAAAGAACGGAUGGCAGCAUUGCGACUGAAUUGUCACAAUGCUGCAAGAUCAAAGUUUCUAAAUGACCUGAAGAUUGGCAAAGUCCCAUCUGAUAGCUUGGUGGUUGAUCAUCUGGAAAAGAACACUGAUGCAGCUGUUGGAUACAGGAGUUGUGGCCAAGGAUAUCAAGACUACCUGACAAAGGAUGGCACAAAAGUUUUGCAAGCAAGGACGGGGCAGUGCCAAUCCUUUCAUUACCUAGUGAAACGGAUCAUGCCAUCAAUCAAUUGCACAAACACCAAAUUUGAUGUGCGGAAGCGGGAGGAGACAAUCAGCAACAUCUUCACCGUGAGUGACGAGGCAUUUGCCCUGGUGCUACUUGAGAACUAUGAGAGUUGUUGGAGGAAACAGCAUGAGGAUCCCAAAUCAACAAGACUCCGAGGUAAGGAACCUGCUGCUAUAAGCAAGGAGUUCAAUGCCAAAUUCACAUCAAGUGACGAUGGCUUGAAGCUGAAGUCAUCUGGUUGGAGUCGACAGGGAAUUGAAAGCUACAACGAGAAGUUGAGUUCAAUUGGUAAGUUAAGAAGGCAAUCCCGCACAGGGGCAGCCCUAGAAGAGUACGAACUGUGGAAGCUGCGCGGUGGAGCAGACAUUUAUGUAAAGGGCACAGUGCCUCCUACUGCAAACGAGAGACAGAUACCUAUUGCUGAAGGAUCGCUGGCUGUCCUUCCUGAAGCAUUGGAAAGUAUGUUUGCAGAGGUCUAG